CCGUCAUUCACCGGCUGCAGGAGCGCAGCGGGACGCGCCAACCCGCUGGUCACCGGCUGCGAUAACAGUGUUGGUUUAGGAAGCGGGGAGAAGCCACUGGCGCGCGCUCGGCGCUCGCGUGCGCAGCGGCGGCAGCCAAUCGGUUUGGGGGCGGACAUGAGCAGCGAGGGGAGUUGUCCACCACGGCGGAACCCGAUUGGGCUUCUUUAUACGGGGCGAACACGUUCCUUGCCUACACAGAACCCCCGCCGCCGUGCAGAAAUAGAAAGCGUUGGUAGAAGGGGUUCAUAGUAGUGAGACUGCGCCAGCAGCGACGAGAAAACGCGCACGCUUCCUUGCGCUCGCCUAGCAUUAGCAUCAGCAUCGUCUGGAGGCGAAAAGAGUUCCACACUUGCAAACCAGUUUGCCCAGUCACUGACUUAACUCGGCCAGUCCACAUUUAGAAGGGAAUGGCACUAGACUUCGCUGCGGGCUGUGCAGGGGGUGCUGCUGGUGUUUUAGUGGGGCAUCCCUUUGACACUGUGAAGGUGCGGCUUCAGGUUCAAAGUGUGGACAAACCUUUGUACCGUGGGACAUAUCACUGCUUCCAGUCAAUCAUACGCCAGGAAUCGGCUCUUGGUCUGUACAAAGGCAUUGGCUCCCCAAUGAUGGGGCUGACCUUCAUCAACGCCAUAGUCUUUGGUGUGCAAGGCAACACCAUGCGCCUGCUCGGCCGCGACACGCCGCUCCACCAGUUCCUGGCCGGGGCGUCUGCCGGCGCCAUCCAGUGUGUCAUCUGCUGCCCGAUGGAGCUGGCCAAGACGCGCAUGCAGCUGCAAGGCACCGGCGAGAAGAAGUCAAAGAGGAAGCUGUACAAGAACUCCCUGGACUGCCUUGUGAGGAUCUACAGGAAGGAGGGCAUCCGAGGUAUCAACCGCGGCAUGGUCACCACUCUGCUGAGGGAGACGCCCGGUUUCGGUGUUUACUUCCUCACUUAUGAUACGCUGACGCGGUGGCUGGGCUGUGAGCCAGAGGACACGUACAUGAUCCCCAAGCUGCUGUUCGCCGGCGGAAUGUCAGGCAUCGCUUCCUGGCUUUCCACUUAUCCCGUCGACGUGAUCAAAUCGCGUCUCCAGGCAGACGGGGUCGGCGGCGUCAACCAGUAUAACGGCAUCAUGGACUGCGUCAGGAAGAGCCUGCAGAAAGAGGGCUGGAGGGUGUUCACGCGCGGACUCACGUCCACGCUGCUCCGCGCUUUUCCGGUGAACGCCACCACGUUCGCGACAGUGACUCUGUUCUUGAUGUAUAUGCGCGAGGGGGGGGAGUGCAGCAUCCAGAGUCCCGAGCCACAGUCCGUCCAGCUGCAGCCUCUGCAGUCGCAGCCAAACAGCAUGUGAGCAAAUCUGUCUGCUGUACACAAGUUACAGGUCUGCUUUAUUGAUCCGUGUCCAGAGCGUGUAGUAAGAAAUAAUAUAUAUGUUAACAGGCGCGUAUCUGUAAAUAUGGUCAGUUUUAAAUAUUUCAAGUUUUUAAGCGAUUUAAGAAGCUUAAUGGUUCCACCGGCUGCUGUAACACACCCCGGCUGUUACAGAUUUCCCUUAGAUGUAGUGUUUACUGUUGUGUUCAGAACACUUGGAAUUCAUGCUACAGCUAGCCUUCACUAUUAGCCGUGCCUGAACAUGUGGAGUAUCCAUUCACAGUUACUGAUUACAAAGUAAUCAAAGUUGGAUAAACCUGUAAAAAUGCGUUUGUACUCUUCCUUUGUGGAAACGUCUACCAGCAUCAGUCUCUCAAAUGGUUACACAGCUGGAUCCACACUGCUUUAACUUCUUGAGGAAGGCUUUUAGGGUUUUAUGUGGUGAAACUGAUUAGUACUUGGCAAUCGAGUGUAAAUAUAAUGUUACAUCAGUAUAUGUAGUGUCUGUCCUAUGAGAAGUCAUGGGUAGUUACUGCUACUGUGAUAAACAACCUGUCGAUCAUAGUGAUGAUUUACAGGUAAUUUCUAGUUUAUGCUCUGGACAUUACAGUGUCCAAUGAAAAGCACCUUAUUGUGUGUGGGGAUUUUUAAGCUUGUGCACGGUUAAACAUUUUGGCAGAUUGAUUACCUCUACAUGCGAUAACUUUGUUUUAUUUGCCACUAAUUCUGUUGGUGUUGCGCAAAACUAAUCAGUAUCUGAAUGUGUUGAAUUGUUUGCACAAUCGUUGGCAGACUCCAUUUUUGUCCACGAGGAGGUGCUGUUAGACCAGUUGUGAACACAAACAGGCGUUGAUGCUUCCUGAAAUGUUAGUAUUUUAAGUCCAGUGCAUAUUUUGCUUUUUACAGCUACUUCCCAAGCAGUUACAUUUUAGGUCAAUUGUUUUAAUUAAAUGUCAUUAACCUCCAGUAAUAGUAAAUUAAAUAGCCAACUGUGUUCCUGUAUGUGACCAUGAGUAAAAAAAAAACCUUUGGACAAAAUGUUCUGCUUCUUCCCUCAUCCCCAUAUUAACCAGAUCAGCUGGCCGGAUGCCACUCUGACCCCUGAGUGAACAAUUGCACGAGUGAAAGCUCCUUAUGAUUUUGGAGGGUUAGGCUGUAAACUGUGACCUUCACAAGCAGCUCUGUCCCUGCAUGUAGAGAGCACAUCUCUGCAUCUGUAAGCUGCUAUUGCUGAUGGGUGUUUUGCCAGUAAGCGUCAUAGACUGGGACUGUAGCAUUAGAUGUGCAGAUCUGAAACUGACGUCCAAGGAGGUAAUAUGUAUAUACUGGAGUUUUUUUUCUUCAUUGUUUACAAUACUGUAUUUUUCAGUUAACACUUUAGUUCUGGUCGUUGUUUUUGUUUGCGUGAUUGCUGACAUUUGUAAAGAGGCUGCUCAUGAUGCUGUAUCAAAGCAGUAAAGUAAGUAUUUGAGAAUUGUGAAAUAAAACUUUUUCUGUCCUUCA